UUUGAUCCACAGACGUCAAAAACAGAGAAUCGUCUCCUAAGAACUCGUCUCCGAAAGGCCACAGCAGAGAUGACGGCGCUUUACCACAAAGACUACGUGCUGGUGGAGUACGAGUUUCAGUACACCGGAAGAGAUGGGGAUCUAAUUUCCAUCAAGCCCAACGAGAGGUACAUCCUCCUGUCCAGGACUAAUGACCAUUGGUGGCACGUGCAACGGGAGGACAACACCAAGCCCUUUUAUGUUCCUGCCAAGUACGUCAAGGUGCUGUCCUCCCAAAAACAGCAAACUGUGGACCUCCAGCCUGCUCACGAGGACUUGACCUCCUUUGGUAGAAGGGAGCAAAAAACAGCUACCGAUAAUGCAAGUGAGCACGUCAGCGAUGGGCAGGUCACCUUACGCACUCACGCCAAUGUCAAAGCCCACGAGAACCGCAUGUCCACAUUUGGCAUCCCUCAGAACAUUCACAUUAACACGGGCCGGCACCGUUUGCCAAACGAGUCUGUCAUUGCACUGAAGUCUGUCACUUCUGACGCCAACCUGUCACCCUUUUGCUUGAAGGAGAAGGUACCCCAGGAGAGCAAGCCUUUCUCUGUUAAACGACACAGCCUCGAGCCCACCAUCCUCUCCGAGUCCAAAGAGCCCGUGGCCGAGCUGUACACACAGAGCGCCCGCGCCCGGUCAAGCUACAACCUGGAAUUUCCCCCCACGAUACAAGUGGCAGGCAGCGUUCGACCCUCCAGGUCCGCUGGCAGUCUGCUUUUUGAACAAGUGGACCGAAAUGCCAGCGUGCAGAAGGAAAAUCAGCCUCCCUUGGGGACCUCCAAAGUGGGAAAGGCGCGUGUCAGCUCGGAAAGGAUAUGCGAGGCAGAGAACAUUUACGAGACCAUCCCAGACGUGCUGGACCUGCCGGCCAAGAGGAAGUCGACUGCUAAGGCAAGGACAGCAAAAGAAAAUCCAAGCACUUCUGUGUAUGCAAAUGUGGAAGAUCUAAAACAGAAGGUUCCUCUUCCAUCCAAGACCCCUUUGUCUCCUGUGACCCGCAGGCACUUCUCAGAAACCUCUGAAUGGGAGGUGCACACUGACCGGCAGAGUGGUCAGGAAUUUUACUACAACCCGGGGACUGGUGUGACCACUUGGGACAAUCCUUUCAGUGAUCAAGAAGACCCCCCAGAGGAGCCACGAUCCCCUUCGCCUUCAGGCAGCUUGGUUUUUCCAACAUGGGAAAAAGUCCUUGACGAGGCGAGUGGACAGUAUUAUUUUUACAAUCCAGUGUCUGGCGAAACAUCUUGGGAUCCACCUGAGGAGGAAGGACCGGGACCUGUGCACGGAGGAAUGGAGGAGGAGCAGCAGAAGCCCUUUCAGAGGGACCAGCCGCCCCCACUUCCUGAGGAGGACUACCCCUUAAGUAAUGAAGAACCACCUGAAGCCAUUCCAGAGCAGGAGAAGCAGUCUCCAUCUUCUUUACGUGAGGAUCUGGGCUAUUCGUCAUUUAUGAAAGAUCGCAUACCUCAUGCGACAUUCACCGUGGACGCUCCUGACGGCUGGUCCUGCAGCAAAGGCGAGGAUGGAAAUCUCCAUUAUACCAAUGACUACACCCAGGAGCAGUGGGUGAAAUCAACUGAUGAGCGCGGACAGACGUACUUCUAUAGUGCAGACGGAACCAAAUCUGUGUGGAACUUACCUGAGAUUACACCACCACAGUCAAAAAUCGGAAAUGGGUAUGAAAUUGAAGGCGGCUCCAUCUUUAAGAAUUGGCGCCACACCAUCUUUACCUCCAUCUCACAGACGGCUCAAGAGGACAACAAGUUCUUCCCUGCACACAGGAGAAACACAUCUGAUCACCUCUACGAGGAGUACGGCUCUGGGAACUCUGCUGAAUUUACGCAUCAAGAGCAUAAAAGUAAGCAUAGGAGAAACGCAUCUGAUUUCACUGCACAGCUUGCUCUAGGACAGUCCAUGGAGAUCCUCCAACCUCAUUCCAAGACUCUGGAAAAAGCUGGCAUUCUGAACAAGACAAAAGUGUCAGACAGUGGAAAAAGGCAGAGGAAGAACUGGGCUUCCUCAUGGACUGUCCUACAGGGUGGGAUACUCACAUUUCAUAAAGAUCCAAAGACUCAGCCUACUGGCACCACGAAGCAGGUGUCAAGUCAAAUCGUGCCGGAGUUCACUGUGGAACUUCGGGGUGCUUCGACUUCCUGGGCAUCCAAAGAAAAGUCGAGCAAGAAGAACGUGAUUGAGCUGAGAACUCGGAAUGGUUGUGAAUACUUGAUACAACAUGACAAAGAGUCCAUCAUUGGAGACUGGUAUAAAGUGUUAGCAGAGACAAUCCGACAACUUGGCCAGGAUAACAAUUCCGAAGAAGAAGAAAAUGCGAAUGAUCCCUUUGGAAAUGAAAAGUCACCAAGUGCCGUGGACAAUGAUGAGAAAGACAGGAGAGGCCGCACAGCAAGAAACCAAAGCGUCUCGAGCAUUAAUGUGGAUCAAGAUCAAAAGAAGGUGCGCACAAAACUGAGAAAAUUCCUCCAGAGACGACCGACGUACCAGUCUGUGAAAGAAAAGGGCUACAUCAAAGAUCAAGUUUUUGGUUGCCAUCUAAAUGCGCUCUGCGAGAGGGAGAAUUCUACAGUGCCCAGCUUUGUGAAAAAGUGCAUAGAUGCAGUGGAGAAACGAGGUUUGGACAUUGAUGGAAUUUACCGGGUUAGUGGGAACCUGGCUGUCAUUCAGAAGUUACGCUAUAAAGUAGACCACGAGGAGAACCUUGACUUGAAUGAUGGGAAGUGGGAGGACAUCCAUGUUAUAACUGGAGCCCUUAAGCUUUUCUUCCGAGAGCUGCCAGAGCCCCUGUUUCCGUUUAGCCACUUUGAGAACUUUAUUGCUGCGGCUCAAAUCAGAGAUGCAGCCCAGAAAAGUCAAUAUAUGAGAGAACUGGUAAACUCUUUACCUCAGCCUAACCUCGACACAAUGAAGGCCUUGUUUGAACAUUUAAUAAGAGUUACUCAGUUUCGAGAAAAGAACCGCAUGUCGACGCAGAGUGUGGCCAUUGUCUUUGGACCCACACUUCUGAAAUCUGAAGAGGAUUCGAUCAACAUCACUCUUCACAUGGCUUGUCAGAACCAGAUUGUGGAGUACAUCCUCAAAGAAUAUGUAGAGAUUUUCCAGGACACAUGAACAAACCGGAACUGUCACGGUGUGAGAACUGCAGGUUAGGGAGAUGUUCUGGAAGACGAAUUGAGGCGCAGGUACGCCACAAACUGCUGAGCCGAUGACUGCGUUAUGGCAGUACGUGUGUGUAUAUAUAUAUAUAUAUAUAUUUGAAAUCAAUUUAUAGAAAAAUGUGAGUGCGGAUGUACGUGUAGUUCAUGGGAGUGCAUACGAGUACAACAUGGAUGACAGACAGGACAGUAAAUACACAAACUUGGCCUUUCUGCAGGACAUUCAAUGGAUGCGACACAGUUGUUGUUGCUUUUUUUUUUUAUCCAUGCAAUGUUUUAAAGAUAAUUUGUGUGUUUGUUCCCUUAAAACGUUUGCCACACGCACAUGUAACUUUUAAUAUUCUUGGAAGCAGUGGAUUCGUGAGAAGCGAGUGCCUAUUUGAAAGUGAGUGCGCUUGCAGGCUUGUAUGUGUGUGAACAGUUUGUAUGUGAUAACAUUUAAAGACACGCACCGUUUGUACAGUAGGCUUGUUGUAAAGGCAUUCCAAAAAAUAUUUACGUAGAUCUACAAAGAGCAUUACAUUUUUUUGCUUUCUCGCCCAUCGUGUUGGACGUUUGUGCCCAUUGACGAUUAUGUGCGCGUUUUGCAUGCCUUUGCACUUUUCCUUAAACCUUCAGGUGGCUUUCAUUACAAAUAAUGAUAAAGUAAUAAAUCCGGAAUCCCGGCAGUCUUCUGGAGACGUGUGGAACAGCAAGAGCCAGUAAGACGUCAGGAAUCAUGUUGCUGUGUGCCCUCCUGCUCUGCUCCAGUUCACCUUCACAUCCAUUUUGGAGACUCGCAUUGCUGCCGAUAAAUGAAGGACAUUCUGUACAUUGUGGAGUCUUCGUAAUCGGGUGUUAAUCGUGAGGGAAAUCUCACAUCCCACUCGGCCUUUAGGCAACGACGUGCGUGAAACUGACUUUUCAACAAGUGAUAUUCACUCCGACGCUCUUAUUUUUUAUUUUUUUGUACUUCAUCAAAGCACUAGUUUCAGUAAUUCAUUUUAAGUGACCUUUUUUUUUUUUUGGGGCAGGCCCAUUUUGGUUUUGUUUUUUUACUUCUGCUUUAGGGCAUUCCACAUAAUAAAAUCAUUUCCUUAUUUUUUUAAACAAACGUGCCUUGAUGCAAGUGUGUAGUCACGUGGACUGCGUUUGUCCUUCUCGGACUGUUGUUCCCCUUUAUUUGUAGAAACUGAACUUUCUUUUGGAUUCAAAAUGGCGGUUGAUUGGAGUUUAGAAAGCUGCCGUGGUGUUUGGGGGGGAAAUCGCAGGACUUUAGUGCCUGAGCAGCAAGUCGUCUCCUUUGUAGACCCUCUAAGUCGUGUUAAAGGGCCACGAAAAUCUUUAUAUGAACGAAGAAGGAUGAGACGUCCUCCCUGAAUCGCUUGAUUGUGAACUUUAUACCUGAGCUCAGUCGUCAGGUGCCACUUCGCGGGCUCGGGACUUGGUGACUGCUGUGUGCCUUCAGACGUGCGGAGGGGGGCCGCACUUUAACGUGGCUCUCGUGUCAUAGCUGUAGCGUUCCUCACAAACAACGCCUUGAGAUGACCUAUGAAGUGAAGAAUAAUGAAUCGGGAGGGCAUUACUCAAAUAUUCAUGAAAACCUAAAAGAACACACACUGGCCAUAUUGUACGUGACUAAGGGAAGCUUCCAGAAGCUGCUGACGAGCAGGUGGUCUCUGUCUGGUCAGGGCUGCUGCACACGGACACUCCAGUUAUAACCCCAAGCCAGCCCCCUUUGGUAAGGAGCUCCUGUGAUUGGCUGCUUUAAAGUGUGGUGCUCGAUAAGAUGGCACCCUCUCCUCGUUUUUGUGAACUCAAAGUCUAAAUCUUUGUAAGUCAGUGCAUCGUCAUUCAUUGAUUACUCCAAUUGACCCACACAGAAUAACACACUCAUCUGCUGUGUUUGAGAAUAUUCUAUCAAUGUUAAUUAAUGAAGUAAUUAAGGAGGAGGACUAAAGGAAUUCCACGGAGCGUACAUUUCUUUUGUGUUUUUCUGUGUAAUGUCAGCAUCCGCACAAAUCAACGUAACCGGUGAGCGGACCACCAAGCUGUCCAUUUGAGCUCAUUCUUCUCUAGAAUUAAACCGUCUCCUUAUUUAUAGAUCUAUGUGUAUAUAUAUAUAUAUAUAUAUAUAUAUAUAUAUAUAUAUAUAUAUAUAUAUAUAUCAUUCGCACUGCCGUUCAUUACCAAAGAAAGAAGGCCUUGUAGAACAUGAGUGCUGCACUCCAGCCACUUGCCAGUGUUACGCUAAUUCUGGGAUCUCGAGACCAAAGAUGUUCUUUCUCUCUCCUCCGAAAUAAAAUCCUCUCUAUACAUUUAUUUUAAGAAUGCCGUCAAACCUCUCAAAAAUACGUUUCCAUUGAGUAGCCACUUCACGUAAGGUCUGUAUGAGCCAAGAGAAGAGAGAGUGUGGGGGUCCACACCCGGUCCUUGGCUCUCGGACACGGGGGACGCCAUCUUGGACAAUUGCAGUGGUCUGGUGAAGUGCGUUUAACUGUGCGCUUGUUGUCAUCAUUUGAGCUCACACAGCUGGUCACGAUACGUGCUUAGUAAAGACAUUGAGAUGACGUCUGACUGGGGGGACUGCUCUGGGGGUCUGGCUGGCUGCAGAUGGACCACCCGCCCUUCAGACCUGAUAGCUCCUCUCAUCAGGAGGGGGUCCUCCGACACACACACACACGUCUUUUAUUACUGUGUCCUCUUCAUUCCUCCGUGACACGCUGGUAACACACAACACGUCUGCAGAUAUUACAACAAGAAAUCAGAAGCUGCUUGAGCUACCAUUAUUAAAAUGUUGGAGAAACUUCAAAGUGUUGUUUAAAAUGUACAGUUUCAAAAGGUGAAGAUAUAUUUUUAUUUUAAACAAAAUAUUGCAUAAUAUAUUAAUUCUAUUGUUUAUAUUAAUUGUAAUAUUUUAUUUUAUACAGCCAUUUAAGAAAAGAUUGGGGAUGCUUGUCCAGUUGUAUAUUUUAUGUUUUGGAACUGGUGUUAACAUAUAAUAAGAGAAUUUUUUGUAUAUUUAGGCAAUUUAAAGAUUUAUUGUGCAUAAAUAUGAAUAAACUUUUUUACUGUUA